AUGUGGGAGAGGUUCAAAGGUAUGCUGGUUAAGUGUCCUCAUCAUGGCAUUCCAGAUCAAAUGUUGGGGCAAAGGUUCUACAUGGGAUUGGCAGACAGCUUGAAGGCCAAUAUUGAUGCUUCAUCAGGAGGAGCAUUUUUUAGCAAAUCAUUCAGAGAAUGCAAGAUCUUACUUGAUAAAAUGGCUCAAAACUCAGGAUGGAUGACAAGAGACUCCACGAUCACUUCUGUCAUUCACUCACUGGCUUUGGACCCAAACAACUCCAUAGCCGAGAAUAUGGCCACUCUGAUGAUGCAAAUGAGCAUUCUCACCAAAAAGAUUGAUGAAUCGGGCCAGAAGCAGCAGGUACACAAAGUUGACGUGACUAAUGGGGGCUUAUGUACACCAUGUAUUAACCAACCGUAUGUAUGCUCAUGGAGUGCGGAAAGUGAUAACCAGAACUAUCAGGAAAAUAUGAAAUAUGUGGCCUACUAUGGAGGACAAAGGCAGGGUGGUCAAGUUGUGCCUUACCAAAGGCAACAGGGGUACAAUCAGCAAAAUCAGCAGCUAGCUUAUCAACAGCCUCAACAACAACAGAUAGUGAGACAAGAAGACGGGUUGUCCAAAAUUAAAGGAAUGUUGCAACAACUAAUUGGGUCUAAUGGAAAAAUGCAAGAGAAAGUCGAAGCACAUGACUCAGCAAUAAAAGGCAUUGAGAUACAAUUAGGGCAGUUAUCUAUGGCUUUGAAUAAUUGUCCUCAAGGGACAUUGCCCGCAGACACGCAUGUCAAUCCAAAAGAGCAAGGCCUGAAGCAGCUUAUGGCGGUGAGUCUAAGAAAUAGUAGAGAUCUUGAUCUAGAGCAAGAAAUUGCUCGCGAAAGCCGACCAGCUGAAACACUUGUGCUAGUACCAAUCGAAGUUGAUGAUUUAACAAGGUUGACAGAGGUGAUGGUACAACAUACACCAGCUGAAUCAAGCAAAGAAAAAGAGGGUGCGAAGGAAACUGAGUUAGUGCAAGAGAAGGCAGUAGAAACAAUGCCCGAGCAGGAGAACAUUCCAUUGAUUGACGCCUUGAAGGAGAUGCCUGGCUAUGCAAAAAUGAAAAAGGACUUGAUGUCUCGUAAGUUCGACUUUCAAGACUUGGCCAUGAAAUCUAUGUCGCGAUCCAGUGAGUUUGCUAACUGCUCUUUGAUAGAAGCCUUGGAUGUGAUUUUGGAGGAGGAAGAUGAGACUCUGAACGCAAAAGACCCUCUAGCAGCCUGCCUCGUGAACUUAGAAAAGGUGGAUGGUGAGGACUUGGCAAAGUGGGUUUUGGCCCUUGAAGGGCAAGGGCACUGGAAGAGAUAG